AUGUUGGUGGAGAGAGAUGCGGAUGUGAGGACACGCAUGAAUGGUAACGCAGUGCGCGACCUCGUCAUCCAUAUCGCCACCUGGAAUUUAGGUAAUGCUCGACCACCCGAUGACCUUGAGGCGUGGGCUGCCCCCGACAAAGGCUGUGACAUCAUUGCGGUGGGUGUGCAAGAGAGUGUGUACGAAGACGACAAGGAGCAACUACUAACCAAGCUCACCGUCGCAUGUGGCGAUCGCUAUGUCUUCCUCUCACGCACGGGGAUGUUCUCGUCUGCGAGCCAUAAAAUACCCAAAAAGGGCCGACAAUACGCCGACAAUAUCAAACUAUUCAUAUUCAUCAGCAGAGAGCAUAUAGGACAUAUAGUCAAACUGACUAAGGACUCCGUUCCAACGGGUAUUGGGGUGGAUUAUGGGUUGGGCCAUAACAAGGGUGGCGUGGGCAUUUCUUUCGGCCUAUAUGGCAAGCGCUACUGCUUCAUCAACAGCCAUCUGUGGUGCGAUAGGAUCUUGUGGCGGGUACGUCCUGGGUGUCAGGUGCGCUGUGAGGAGUACAGCAGUGUGCCGUCCAUCAGCACAUCAGACCACACACCGGUGUUUGGUAGGUAUGUGGCCCUAGGAUCUUCGCACGUGCCUAGAGCUACGGGACUGACACCGCUGCGACUGCACAUCUCAAAUCUGUCGGUCGAGUUUACGCACAGUCUGCCAGAUGAAGAGGCUGAUGAUAAGACGACUGAAGACGGCGAUAUGAUAUGGUCUGACAUCGACCUCAAGGGAGGUGCUGCCAGGCAAGGGUGGGUGGUGUUGCUAGGCAACGAUCGCAUCAAAGAUCUGAUAGUGCUGGCCAAAGACCUGAGUAAACCGCAACACGGUGAGGUGGACCUGUGGUACGCCAAUGAGAAGGAGCUGCGCACGGCCACUGUGGAGUUGGUAGUGAUGUCAGUGCACAAAGGGAAAGAGGGCAAAGACAACAAGGCCAAGCGCAAGUACAGUUUGGGUGAGUGCAGCAUUCCCUUGCAAGAUGUGGGAAUGAAAGAGAUGCGCUAUGACCUGUGGCGCAGUGGAGUGGUUGUAGGUUUUCUGCGCGCCGUCUUCUCAGUGGUCACUUUGUACUCUGAAACCAAGCGAAGACCCAGUCGUGUGAAGGACGAGACACAUGACGCCUACAUCUCCCCUGCGGUUGAAACCAGGACUCUCUCUGGACUGUUGGAGGUGGCACGCGUCGACUCCGGUGGCUACUUCAGUGAUUCGGGUGGAAUUGGCACUGAGCGGCCCAGUAUGACCAAUCGCUCUAAGAGUUCACUGUCCCAACCUGAUUUGGCUUUGGAAUCUACGCCCCCAGACAGCGGACGGGUGUCGCCGCGAAGCAAGAAGAAGUCAAUCCUACAUAAACUUAAGCCAACUACGCCGUCUGGCUCCAGCAAGCGCAAAUCUCUUAAUGUCAAACGUUCCAGUGCCACAGCGCCUGUCCGACCUUUCUCUGUGCACUCGGACUUUCGGUUCACUCCGGAUGAGCGAGAGAGUGCAAUGGACUUCACGCGCAGUCUGGCGCAGGUGGGACGAGUGUGCACCUGUGGUAACAUGAGCGAUUGCCUCAAGUGCAAAGCAACGGGUUCGAAGGCCCUCCGGGAUAGCUUGAAGUCGUGCAAGGACAAAAUACUUAGUAAUUUCAAGGUGGAGCUCGAUGGCACCUCCAGGAGGCGCAUCGCAGUUGACAACAAAGAUAAGCUCAUGCGAGAAAUCCUACGGGAAGAGGCGAUCAUAUACAACAGCACACACAGCCAACACACCGGCACACAACACUCGAGCACAAGCAGUCUAACAGCUGACAGCAACGGGCGAGAGGUUUCAAAGGCACCAGUGCACGCCCUCAGUCCUAUCACGUCACCUGAGGUGCAAGGAAAAGGGACGCCUGGGGACACCGACAGGGGGCGGCAGUACGUGCGAAUGCUGAGCACAGAAGUCCCUGCCAAAAGAGGCAAAGACCAUAAAGGGAAAAAGAAGAGGAACCGCGACAGGAGUGCCAGCGACGGCAGCCACAAGAAGUUUGAUCCGGCAAUGCUUGUGCUGCCAUUGACUUCGCUCAGUCGCCCGAAGUCACCGAAAGGAAAACGGUCACCACUGAUCUCAUCUCAGUCAAUGCAAAAUACAACAACCCACACAAUACACACUACACCCAACUACACGGCACACCAGCACACACACGCAGACACGUACGACCACACCUCUAGGCAGGCACAGUUGGCGGCCUCAACAAGCGACGACCUAAGGGUGGUUAUGCCUACCUACGAGCCAUUCUACUCGCAGCCCUCACCACCCGUCUCAUCUCGGAAGUCACGAACGCGUCUGAAGAAGAUUGGCAGCGAUGGACACAGCGACAGCGAAGUCAUCGACAGCAAAGUCACAGCCAGCACCCGCUCCAGCCUACUAGACCGCAUGAAGCCAACACGCAAGCGCAGUAUAAGCAAGCAAGAGACACAGCGAGACAAAGAAGAGUCAGCCUCACUGCUGGUCAACUGCGACAGCCCAGUGGGCCUUCGCAACGUGUUGUGUGAACCGUUCAUGUUGGGAAUGGACUCAGCCAACAGUGCCCCAGCCAGUGUAGGCAGCAGCGCUGUAGGCAGUCCCAAUGCACUGACGCCCACGGGAUCAGGCGGAUCACAGAGCAACGGAGACCACGGUGGCAGUAGCAGGCGCAGUGGCGGCAAAGAUAAACACAAGAGUGGACACCGCACAAGCGUCACCAACAAGGUCAACCGCAUAUUUGGGCGCAAGUCAAGCGAUCUACAGGUGACGGACAUCCCACCGCAAGACACGUCCUCUCGUGCUGGCUCACACACUAAGCCCAGUGUCCAAUCAGUGGUCCUCAAUAAGUUACGGAGCAUCUCACCCAGGCAAAGCAAUGUUGACGUGUGGGCUGCACCGCUCCUGUCAGACGACUUAAACGACAGAGACAGAGAGAUGCCGCGCAGAAACUCAGCUACAAAAGUCAUCACACCACACAGCACCAAUGCCUUACCCUCGACGGCUUCAUCGCCAGGAAUCAUCUUAGACAGCUCAGCCCAAGCACACGCGCACGAACGACGACGCUCGACAUCCUCUGAUGUGCAUGGGAUGACACAGAACACGACGUACCACCCAAAUGACAGCCCACCCUCACAGGCGAAUGCGCCGACAGAUGACAUGCAACACCACACAUCAGCCGAGGCUUUGACGUUCGAUGACUUGCAAUCGGCGGGACAUUCCUCUGAACACAAACGGUAUUCAAGUAUUGUGGCAGACCUGAACUCACCCACAGUGAGUGAGGCUGGAGGACCCAGCAACAGCAGCACGGGAGGUACGGAUGGCGACAGGAAUAAAAUAUUACAGAAGUUUAAACGUCACACAAAAGGCGACAAAGACAAGGACGCCAAGGAGUGUAAGCCUGUCAAGGAAUUUAGAGACGGCAAGCUGGGUAGAGAUCACAAGGAUCACAACGGAAGCAAACGCGAUAAGAAGGACAGGAGGGACAAGAGAUGCGAUAAAAGUGUCGAACGAACAAAGGACAUGCAAGUUCAACUCAGCUCAAGCAACUGGAAUUAUCCUAGCGUAGAUGAAAUCUGAUACUUUGGUCGAGAGACUGCAUGGUUUGAAGAUACAACGCCCGGACGUAAUAAAACAUGUAUCACAGCAUCAUACAACAAG